AUGGCGUCUUCCAGCGAAAAUCAUCCAUUAAGGCCAGACGAGGUGGGCAAACACAUUAUCCCUCCUCCGCGGCCCAGUUCCCCAUCGACUGCCGAGUACCGCCUCAACCAUUUGAUGAUCCGUAUCAAAGACCCAGAGAAGAGCAUAAAGUUCUACUGUGACUGUCUGGGCAUGCAUGUUAUCUUCGUGUUCAAUGCCGGACCAUUCACGAUCUACUACCUCGGACCACGAGAUGUUGGUAUGGCUAGUCUUGGUGCUUCAAAGGGCUUACUGGAACUAUAUUACAUUCCUGCAGACUCGUCUACGCCUUAUAAUUCUGGCAAUGACUACCCUGAUCCCGGAAUUGGAUUUGGUCAUAUAGGAUUCACGGUUCCUGAUGUCCCUGAGGCACUGGAGAGAAUUAAAGGCUUUGGCUAUGAGGUUAUCAAACCGUUGGAUGAGGCGAAAGAAGAGCAGAUGGGUAUACCAACAGAUGCCCAAUUGGGCAAGUAUGGGAAAGUACCGGAUGGGUACAAGCAUGUCUUCAGACAAUUGGCGUUCGUGAAGGAUCCAGGGGAGCUGCAUGUUCCACACCAAUCUCUGGCACCCCACGAGAACUCCAGCACACAUGCCGUCAACGAAGGCUUUCAGAGCGCCGAGCCUGGGACCAAUGCGCAGGACUUUGGAGUACCAGCGGACCAGCCAACACGACAGCCUGUCAUCGAACCGCCUACCACGUUAGAGUCAUCCAUUGACGCCGGCCAACAUGUUCCCAAGCCCACGAGGGCAAGCGAUCCCUCAUCACAUGUUACGUACAGCACUCUUGCCGCGCAACGAGCAAGAAGCAGCUCUGCUCCGACUAGACCCCAGCAAUACCCACGACGGCCCCAAGCCUACCGUCAAGCCAGCAUUGGCAUCCGGCGUAUGCCCUCCUCCAACGCCCUGAGACAAGUAGCACAACAACCUAAUGCCUCCACCGUAAGAUCGAGCACGCCUUUGCCUGCGCUGGACGAGGAGCAAGAGCUGGGACGGUUUCCCUCAUCCAAUGGAAGUCAGUCGACCCUUACGAACCCUGAGCCAGAUCGAAGUCGACUACGGAAGGUCAAGAGCGCAAUACAGACCAGGAUACCUUUUUGGGGCAACAAGGAGGAAGACAAGUCACCGACGACAAGUGCCCAUGCUGCUGCAGUGCAAGACGACAUGUCGUCCAACUACACCUCAGGCAUGGUUGAUGUCCUCGAUACCAUCGACCCAGAGGUUGCGACGCUCACUUCCUUGACAAAUAUGCAGAAUUCGCUCUUCAUCCCAAACCUGCCCUUCCUCAACCGUCGGCCCACAUACAACCUACGACGACGGAAGAGCGAGACGGAGAGUCUCGAAGCCAUCAACCGCAUACUGGAACCAGCCCGUGCUGCUCAGGCACAGGAGCAGGCAGCUCCAAGACUUCAGCGCUCCCCGACUGAAGCUACGACGACGACCAUGAUGACGAUAGAUUCGCAGCUCACUGAGUCGCGCUUCGCUGUGCUUCCCGAGGAGGCAGACUUAUCUGGCUGGAGUGUCGAGGAUAAGAAGGAAGUGAACGACCAUGUGCGCCAUAUGCUACACUCACGACGAUCCAAGAUGAAGCGCUCGUUGAAGGGUUUCGGACAGUACGUUAAGAGACCACUUGGGUUCCUUGUCACCCUCUACGCCACACUCAUUACCCUUUUUGGUUUGGCCUGGGUGCUCUUCCUUAUCGGCUGGGUCAAUGUCGGUGGACAACAGAUCUACGUCGUCCACGUCAUUGACAGUGUCCUUGUUGCUCUCUUCGCUGUUGUAGGAGAUGGACUCGCACCCUUCCGUGCCGUAGACACGUACCACAUGAUCUACAUCGCUCACUACCACCACUUCACGUGGUCGCGCCGUAAGAAGGAGAUGCUUCCUGAACUCACCGACCACAACGAUCUCCCCGCCGAACACGCUCCCGUGGCCGGACCUCGCGUCGUAGACCCGGCCGACCCCGAGAAGCAGUGGGAGUUUACUGUCUUGACGCCCAAGCAACAGGAGAAACUCGAACACCACCAGGAGAAGUUCUGCAAGUCUCACUCCUUCUACAAACCCCACGAGACAGAGACCCACUACGCCUUCCCCCUCCGCCUCCUUGUCGCCAUCGUCGUACUUCUAGACUUUCACUCCCUACUUCAGAUCUCCCUCGGCGCUUGCACAUGGGGAAUCUACUACAAGCACCGUCCUUUCGCCAUCACCACCGUCAUCCUCUGCUGUUCCAUCACAUGCAACGCCACAGCCGGUCUACUGAUCUGGCUGGGCGACAAGAAGACGCGAAAGAAGGACGUGCUCGAGCGCAUGAACAGGCAAGAAUUGACCGAGGAAGCCAUCAAAGAAGUAGAGAAGAAGAAGCAAAAAGAGAAGGAGAGGGAAAGCGAAGGUGAAUCCAGCGGUGCAGAUGAUGGCAGGGAUAGGGAGAAGAGGAGGAUCAGUCUGGAUGCUUUUAGGCCAGGCAGGAAGAGUAUGGAGCAGGACAAAGAGAAGAAACAGAGUCCCAGUGCGCGUCCUUUUUAA